AUGACCAUUCGUAAUUCUCUCAUUUCACUCACAUUCCUUGCUAUCGCAGCCAAUGCUGCUCGCAACUGCUCCGAUUCGCAUUCAAGUUUGCGAAUGCACAAACGUGCGCCGAAUUAUGACAAGAAGGCUUCGGUCCAAAUGUUUGGCUGGAACUGGAAGAGCAUUGCUGCUGAAUGCGAGCAAUUCCUUGGUCCGGCUGGCGUCGGGUUUGUUCAGGUAAAUCCGCCCCAAGAGCACAUAAGAGGAGACCAGUGGUGGGUAGAUUAUCAAGUGGUCAGCUAUCAAAUCCAGUCAAAGCGUGGAUCACGUUCCGACUUUGCGGAAAUGGUUGGCCGAUGCAAAAAUGCUGGCGUGAAGGUUUCCGUCGAUGUAAUCUGGAACCACAUGUCUGGCGUAGACAAUGGCGUUGGCAUCGCUGGAACCCAGUUUAGCCACUAUAACUACCCUGGAUUGUACAGUUGGAACGAUUUUCAUCAUUGUGGGAUGACCAACAAUGACGAUAUUCAGGACUGGGGUAACCGGGAUCAAAACUGGAAUUGUGAAUUGGUUAACCUGGCUGACCUAAACACCGGUUCGGAAUACGUGCGCAGCAAGUUGGCUAUCUUUUCAAACGAUUUGCUCUCCCUUGGGGUCGAUGGAUUUCGCAUUGACGCGGCGAAGCAUAUGCAUCCAAACGAUAUUCGUGCAAUCAUGAGUAAACUUGCUCGUCCGCCACUUUACAUUUCCCAAGAGGUCGUGGACACAGGAGGAUCCAUGGUCGGCAUGUACACUGAUAUAGGGGAUGUUCAAGAAUUUCGAUACCCGGAAGCCCUGAAGGCGGCUUUUAGCGGAGGAGGAAUAGCCGGGCUUCGUGGCAUUGAGAACCGAGGCUGGUUGGCAUCUAGCUCGGCUAAUGUCUUCGUCACGAAUCACGACCAAGAGCGGGGAGGCAAUGCUCUCACGUACAGGUCGCCAAGUAACACCUAUGCUCUAGCUCACGUUUUCAUGCUGUCCUACCCCUACGGUACUCCGACCAUUUUGUCGAGCUAUGGAUUUGACGACACUAAUGCUGGCGCUCCUAGUGGUGCAUGGGGCUCUUGCAACGGCUCUGGCGGCGCCAAUGGCUGGUUAUGCCAACAUCGUUGGACCCCAAUCGCCGGAAUGAUCAAAUUCUACAACAAAGUCGAUGGCACCAACCUGAACGAUUGGGUGCAAGGCACCAAUCAGCAAAUCGCGUUCGGGCGAGGCAAUGCCGGAUUUGUUGCUAUCAACAACGAAGAUUGGCAGUGGUCUCGUACUUUUAAGACUUCGCUUCCGAGCGCUACUUACUGCGAUGUGAUUACUGGCAAGAAGUCUGGAAGUAGUUGUACCGGUGGAAAGAUUACGAUUGCCAACGGAUCCUUGACCGUGACUAUUCCUGGCCGGAGUGCAGUUGCCUAUCACAUUGGUGCUAAGUACUAG